AUGGCGGCGUAUAGCAACGCGCCCAUCAUGUAUUCCAGCGUCCAACCAAGCACCGACCUGUCAGGCGCAGUCAUUGCAGAUGGUGAGGCCGAUGGCCACGCCCUUUGGUCCGGCGCCACGCCCGUCGUAGGCGACCCGCAGCCGGUGACGGUCACAACGGGCACCGCCAUGACGGCGCCCUACGUGGCGAGCUCGCCCUACGUGGCGAGCUCCACGUGGAAGGUCGUAGGCGACCCGCAGCCGAUGACGGUCACAACGGGCACCCCCAUGACGGCGCCCUACGUGGCGAGCUCGCCCUACGUGGCGAGCUCCACGUGGAAGGUCGUAGGCGACCCGCAGCCGGUGACGGUCACACCGGGCACCACCAUGACGGCGCAGGGAUACUACGGGGCCGCAGCCAUGGCCCGGUUGAAGGGCAGUCGCCAGUUACAGGGGCUUUUCUUGCCCUGGCUCUUCUUCUGCGGCCUUUUUGCCUUGUUGUCUUGUUCCUUACACUUCUAUCGCCCCUUCCUCACCUACACCUUGGUCGCCCUCGCGGGGCUGGUGUGGUGCGCGCUGGCUUGGACGAGUCUUCGGCUCAAAGGCUUCCUGUCGGUGACGAUGGCAGUGGCCCGGCGGAAGAAGCGGGUUGCCUGGCUUUUGGCUGUGGUCUUCGGCAAUAUGAACUAUGCGGCCACCUCACAGCCUUAUCACAGCUAUGAGCACAUGGACGUGCUGCCCGACGUGAGUCCGACGGAGUCCACGGGCGCAGAGGUCCUGGCCGCCGGGCGCGUGGACUUCGGAAAGCACUCGGUGCUCGACAUUCGAAGGUCCAUGUCCUUCAAGAACGUAGAGACCUACUGUGUUGCGCCCAUCACCGUGACCAAGGGUGGGGUGGCGCUGCCACUGGAGAGCUACGACUUCUGGGCAGUUGGCUUGAAUUGUUGCUCCCUCAACACUGCUGACUUCCAUUGUGGCGAGUACAACAACCCUGGCGCCCACAGUGGCUUGCGCCUACUGGACGACGAACAGCGACCCUUCUAUCGCUUGGCUGUGGAACAGGCGGAGGCGGCGUAUAGCUUGAAGGCCCGGACGGUUUGGGGUGGAGCUGGGCUACUUAGCUAA